UCGGUGAACCAGUGUAGUUAACUGUAACACAAUGGCUAGUUGCCAUUUAAGCCUGGGUCUAAUAACCCUUUUUAUAACGACAUUUUUGUUUCAAAUAUGUCAAUCGGAAAAACCUUAUAGUGUGGAGCUAAACUCCUUUGAAAAGGACCAAUCCAUUAAUAAUCAAGAUAAAUGGGUAGAUUGGGGAUCCCUGGGUAUGAAAAAGGUCUCACGUAAUCAAUUUGUAGUGAAUGGAGACUUUGAAUUCAAACUGAAUAUGGGUGAUGAGCAGAAGAUUGUUCUUGCGGUUUAUGUAUACGAUCCCAAUACCAAUCAGAAGGGUAACAUGGUAAUGGCUAUGAAGAAACCCUUCUGUGAGUUUAUUAAAGAAGAUAAGGAUACGUAUCCCAAUGUUAAGAAAGUCUCCAAUUUACCGGAUCAAGGAGAAUGCCCGUUCCCCAAGGGCAAAUAUACGAUCGACAAAUAUGAAAUGCAAACAAAUUUUCUACCCGACAAUGCACCCAAAGGUGAUUAUUUGCUUCAAUUAUCUUUGAUCGAUCGUGAAUUGCCAGUAGCUGGACUUGUGGCCACUGUCACCCUUACAUAGGGGAUAUUUAUUUUUAUUUUUAUUAUGAUUUUUUUUUGUUUUUAAAUAUUUUCCGGGUGGAUCUAUUUGAUAAGGCAAGAGUUUUUCUUCAUAUUUAAAUUUAUUUUUACCUUGAAUAUAUCAAUAUUACGACUUGGCUUUCAAAGACAAGAAAAGGGUUAUGGUUUCUUGGGAAUGAGGGGGUAUAACCACCAGUCAUCAAGUGCAAUAUGCCUGAAAUGACAAAUACAAAACCAAUUGCACCGCAAAAUUUCAGCUUC